AUGCCACUGACUUGCGCGUUGCGGGUAGAGAGAAGCGAGCUGCCCUGUCUGACCAGCAGCUUGAGAUUGGCGGAGGGAAGUGGGCCAGGCCCUGUGAGGAGUCAAGGUUCUGAGGGGACAGGCCAACCCGGAGGACAGGAUUCCGUGGAGGCCACAGAGGAGCACCGAGGAGAAGAUCUGUAAGUAAGCCUUUGUUAGAGCCUCCAAGAUUUGGUUCUCAGCUGAGGCCUCUCACAUGCUCCCUCUCUCCCUAGGCCUGUGGGUCCCCAUUGCCCAGCUUUUGCCUGCACUCCCGCCUGCUGCCCUGACCAGAGUCAUCAUGUCUUUUGAGCAGAAGAGUCAGCACUGCAAGCCUGAGGAAGGCGUUGAGGCCCAAGGAGAGGCCCUGGGCCUGGUGGGUGCGCAGGCUCCUACUGCUGAGGAGCAGGGGGCUGCUGUCUCCUCCUCCUCUCUGGUCCCUGGCACCCUGGAGGAAGUGCCUGUUGCUGAGUCAACAGGUCCUCCCCAGAGUCCUCAGGGAGCCUCUGCCUUACCCACUACCAUCAGCUUCACUUGCUGGAGGCAACCCAAUGAGGGUUCCAGCAGCCAAGAAGAGGAGGGGCCGAGCACCUCGCCUGACGCGGAGUCCUUGUUCCGAGAAGCACUCAGCAAGGAGGUGGAUGAGUUGGUUCAUUUUCUGCUCCUCAAGUAUCGAGCCAAGGAGCCGGUCACAAAGGCAGAAAUGCUGGAGAGAGUCAUCAAAGAUUACAAGCGCUGCUUUCCUGUGAUCUUCGGCAAAGCCUCCGAGUCCCUGAAGAUCAUCUUUGGCAUUGACGUGAAGGAAGUCGACCCCACCAACAACACCUACACCCUUGUCACCUGCCUGGGCCUUUCCUAUGAUGGCCUGCUGGGUAAUAAGAUCUUUCCCAAGACAGGCCUCCUGAUAAUCGUCCUGGGCACAAUCGCAAUGGAGGGCGACUCUGCCUCUGAGGAGGAAAUCUGGGAGGAGCUGAGUGUGAUGGAUGUGUAUGAUGGGAGGGAGCACAGUGCCUAUGGGGAGCCCAGGAAGCUGCUCACCCAAGAUUGGGUGCAGGAAAACUACCUGGAGUACCGGCAGGUACCCGGCAGUGAUCCUGCGCGCUAUGAGUUCCUGUGGGGUCCGAGGGCUCUGGCUGAAACCAGCUAUGUGAAAGUCCUGGAGCAUGUGGUCAGGGUCAUUGCAAGAGUUCGCAUUUCCUACCCAUCCCUGCGUGAAGCAGCUUUGUUAGGGGAGGAAGAGGGAGUCUGAGCAUGAGUCGCAGCCAGGGCCAUGGGGAAAGGGCAGGGCUGGGCCAGUGCAUCUAACGGCCCUGUGCAGCAGCUUCCCUUGCCUCGUGUAACAUGAGGCCCAUUCUUUACUCUGUUUGAAAAAAGUAGUCAGCGUUCUUAGUAGUGGGUUUCUGUUUUAUUGGCUGACUUGGAGGUUUAUCUCUGUUUCCUUUUACAAUUGUUCAAAUGUUCCUUUUAAUGGAUGGUUGAAUGAACUUCAGCAUCCAAGUUUAUGAAUCGUAGUUACGUAUAUUGCUGUUGAUAUAGUUUAGGAGUAAGAGUCUUGUUUUUUAUUCAGAUUGGGGAAUCCAUUCUACUUUGUGAAUUUGGGACAUAGUAACAGCAGUGGAGUAUGUAUUUAGAAGUGUGAAUUCACCGUAAAAUACGUGAGACAAAGAAAUUAAAAGAUACUUAUGCCUCAGUCUAUUCUGUAAAAUUUAAAAAAUAUAUAUGCAUACCCGGAUUUCCUUGGCUUCUUCUUGAAUGUAAGAGAAAUUAAAUCUGAAUAAAUAAUUCUUUCUGUUAA